UGAACUGAGAGCCGCACACUUGUUAUAGGCAGGCGUUGUACCACUUGAGCCAUUGCCACCAGCCCUUUUUGGAUUUUUUCGAGAGAGGGUCUUGCGAACUAUUUACCCAGGGCUGGCUUCCAGCUUCGAUCCUCCUAAUCUCUGCCUCCUGAGUAGCUAGGAUUACAGGCGUGAGCCACGGGUACUGGCUAUAAGAAAUGACAUUUUAAAUUCUAUUCUGGCCAUUUCCCGGGGGAAGUAGUGUAGCAAGGCUGGAGCUAGUGCAUGGCAGCGCCGUCAGGAAUCCAACAGUGAACCAGGGUGACUUCUGAGUUCCAGGCCCUGGGCAGGGAGCUGGAGGCCCUAGAUGGAGGCGCCCAGGGAGAAACUCCUCAGUUCAAGCCCAGUGCGCUCCGGGACUCAGUUUCCCAUUAAGAAGAGGUAGAAGUGGGUCAGACUCACACUGUAGGGCUCCGAAAGGCUGUCGUUAGUUUCACUGUCAUUACGUCUGUGCAAAAGGGUGAGUGAUGCGCCCGCGGGGCUCCAGGACGCGGGUCGACCGCCCCUCACCCUUCCUCACCGGCUCCACCCUGGGGCGGAGCCACCGAGGCCCCGCCCCCUUCCAGCCGGGGCUGCGCGCGGCGGCGCUAGGACCCGGCGGGCGGGGGCUGCGGCGGGGCCUGGGCGGCCAGAGCUGCGCGGACCCCCGGCUCUCGGCUCCCGGCGCCAUGUGAGGGGGAUCAGGGGCCGCGGGGGGCCGGGCGCUCCCCGGCGGAGAUGAGGAAGCUGAGGCUCAGAGAGGUCACAUGGCUUCCUCGAGGCCCCCCAGCCAGUAAGUGGUGGACCUGACAUUCGCACUGGCACCUGACAUGCUGUACUGAUCAUGGCCUUCUCAGAGCAGGACUGUGACGGGGCUGACCAGGGGGACCGUGGUCCUGGCUGAGGGCACUGCUCAGGCAAAGGUGUGACCCCACAUCCCUGCCCCCCGGGCCGCCUGCAGGACGCUGACCCCUACCCCUCCGCAGACGCCGGAGAGAGAUGAGUAGCAACAAAGAGCAGCGAUCAGCAGUGUUCGUGAUCCUCUUUGCCCUCAUCACCAUCCUCAUCCUCUACAGCUCCAACAGUGCUAAUGAGGUCUUCCACUACGGCUCCCUUCGGGGCCGCACGCGUCGGCCUGUCAACCUGAAGAAGUGGAGUGUCACUGACGGUUACAUCCCCAUUCUUGGCAACAAGACACUGCCUUCCCGUUGUCACCAGUGUGUGAUUGUCACCAGCUCCAGCCAUCUUCUGGGCACCAAGCUGGGCCCUGAGAUCGAGCGGGCCGAGUGUACCAUCCGCAUGAACGAUGCGCCCACCACAGGCUACUCGGCCGAUGUGGGCAACAAAACCACCUUCCGCGUGGUGGCUCACUCCAGCGUGUACCGCGUGCUGCGGAGGCCCCAGGAGUUUGUCAACAGGACCCCCGAAACUGUGUUCAUCUUCUGGGGUCCCCCAAGCAAGAUGCAGAAGCCCCAGGGUAGCCUCGUGCAUGUCAUCCAACGGGCAGGCCUGGCGUUCCCCAACAUGGAGGCCUACGCCGUGUCUCCCAGCCGCAUGCAACAGUUUGACGACCUCUUCCGGGGUGAGACUGGAAAGGACAGGGAAAAGUCUCAUUCAUGGUUGAGUACAGGCUGGUUUACCGUGGCAAUUGCAGUGGAGUUGUGUGACCACGUGCACGUCUAUGGCAUGGUCCCCCCUGACUACUGCAGCCAGCGGCCCCGCCUGCAACGCAUGGCCUACCACUACUACGAGCCCAAGGGGCCAGAUGAGUGUGUCACCUACAUCCAGAACGAGCACAGCCGCAAGGGCAACCACCACCGCUUCAUCACAGAGAAGAGGGUCUUCUCAUCCUGGGCGCAGCUGUACGGCAUCACGUUCUCCCACCCCUCCUGGACCUAGGCCAUCCUGUCUGUGGAUCUCAGGAGGGGCACCAUAGGAGUGGCUGUGGGCCCAGCCACUGGACCAUGGCCGUCUUCUGGCCAUCAAGGCUGGCUGGAGUGCCUCCUGACCAAUUAGGGCCUUCGUGGGGAUGUACCCUUCAGCUAAUCAGGGCCUGGGGUAUCUCUUGGCCAAUCAGGGAUUUGGAUUCUAUGUGGUUAAUCAAGGGUGUCAGGGGUUUCUUCUUGUCCCGUCAGGGUCUGAGUACAGUCAGUCAGGGUAUGGGGUCUUUCUGAGUCAAUCUGAGGCUAAGGGCAUUCCUUUCCCAUGAGGCCUUGGUUCAGAGCUCCAGAAACAGACCCCAAAUCACUCCCUACUUACCCGGGACAAUGGGGUCUUGUCCCAAGGAGCUAGAAACUUGGUGUUGUCCCCUCAGUUCUCAGCAUCAUAGAGACUGGGGAGGCGGGAGCUGUCUGGAGGCCUGGCUUAGAGAAUUUGUGGGGUCAUGAAAGUUGUCGGGAAACCCAAGAGCUGGGAGCCAGUGUCCAGGUCUUGCCUUCUCCCUGAGUGAGCUUAGACAAGCCUCUCCCUCUCUCUGGGCACCCUUCUGCCCAUGGCAGGUUCUAAUGUGGAGUCCAAGACCCUCCUAUCCCCUCCACUAACCACCAUGUCCUUCCUAAGACUGGAUUCCCAGUCACCACUCCUUGCUGGGAGACUCCGUUCCCUGGGGAGCUGGGGUGCCCUUCCCCACUGUCUUCUGGAAGACUUUAGGGUGUUUUCAUGCAAACUCCCCAGGGUUGGGGGACUGACAGAAAUAGGACAAACCUUAAGCUGUUUUCUUAGCCUGUAGCCCACCUGCCAUUAGCUUGGCUCCCAAAAGGCCAGGACUCCUUUCUGCCCUCCAGCAGCUGGGGUCUCCACCUGUUGGAGGAGCCUUUGGGGCUGAGGAAGGGGGAUUCCAGCUACCCAGGGGUUCCCUGCAGCCUUUGUUUGGAGAGGACAAGGGCUUGGGGGUGCAUUCUCACUCCCACCUCGGUCCUGGGAUGGCUGUUAGGAGCCAGGAGCUUGUCACCUGGGUUCUGUCCCUGAUUUAUUAAAGCCAGGGCUGGGUUGGGUGUGUUUGCCCCCUGCUCUUCUGGAUCCUGCAAGGAAAGGGCUUCCAGGAGGAGGCUGUAGAGUGGGAGGGGUCAGCAGAGGAGGCAAGCCAUGAGCCAUUGCACAUCGGGCCAGGGGGGCUGUGACAACCCCAGACCUGGUUUUGUAAUGAUUUGUACAGGAAUAAACACACCUAAU